UUUUUAUUAUUAUUUUUUGUUCAUACUUAUAUCUGUACCCUUUUUCUGUUCGAUUUCCGGUAUAUAUCGCUUAAGUUCAUUUAUAUUUAAUAUCCGUGUUUUAUCCCCUUUUUGUAUUUUCGCAUUGUGUGUUAAGUAGUCAAUCGCAAUAAUUUCGCACGGACCCUUAUAUUCGGAUUUAAACUGACCGAUUUUGGGUUCUUUAAGAACAGAACAUAGACCAUUUCUUCUGUUCUAAAGUGUUGCACAUGUUUCCUGUCGUAAUAGUAUUUCGAGCGGUGUUUUGAUUGUACUAGAUUCAUCGCUGCCAUCGUUCUAAGUUGAGCGUAAGCUUCUGUUGUCUUAGCGAGAUAGUCGUCGUACGUUUGUAAGUAUUCCCGUGGUGGGAAGCUUGACAGUGUGCGUGCACGUCGGCAAGAUAUCUUGGAUUAUUAAUAUGUAUCGGUUCCCUCGUUCGGUUUGGGGCAUUGGUCCGCAGAAACCAAUUGAUAUUUUGUCAAAUGGGUGAGAUGGAGUAUCCGUGAUAAGCAUUGGCAGCUUUGUUUUUACCCGCAUUAGUUUCUUUUCUUGGCACCCUGCGCAUCCUCGAACGAACUGUCUAACGUCUGCCUGUAUAUUUCGCCAAUAGUACACACUGGCUAUUCUGUUGUAUUUUUUGUUCGUUCCCUUAUGACCGCCGAUUGAUGAGUCUGUAUCUGUCCUCGACCUUUGGUACUGAUAAGUUAUUUUUAAAUAACACGAUUGAUAUUGCUUUUCCUUUAAAGGACUUGUUAUACUGCUCAAUUACGUGCUCCCAGCCUGCGAGCGUAAUUAUUUCAGUCAGUAACUGUAGUGUUUUUAUGCAUCCAGCAAUAUCCGGUUUUCAGGGUUUGUCGUGCAGGUGUUUCUUUAAAACGAUACCGAACAUGUACGCCUCCCUGUAUUUUGUUACGAUGAUUUCGCCUACGAAACGUUGUGUUCCUAGAAGCUCCUCUGCGUGUAUGUAGCGCCUUUCUAUCAAAGCGUUUAGUACUUCAGUAUCGAGGAUCAUGUAUUCUGUCAAGAUAUAGGCAAGGUUGCAUUUAUGCGCGAACGGGUGAUCAUUCAGGCUUUGUACCCCAGUGAAUAGCUCUUUGUCAUUAGGAUCUCUUUCCCACUCUGGUGAAUCUUUUUCUGGCCGCGCCUCAGCUAUUAAAUAGCGUGCCAUAGCUUCUCUUACGUGAGGGUUUCUUUGGAGGUUUGCCAGUUGUUCUUCCUGCUCUGAUUCAGAUUCAGAUUCUUCGUCGGAUUCGUCCUCUGUUAUCAUACACGGUGUAAAGUGAUUGCCCACUAGGUGCAAAUGUAUAAAUUCCUUAUCCUCGUUUAGAUUAAAGUGACAGUAAUUAUUUCGGUUAUUCGUUUGGAAAUGUACAUAUACGUUGUUUCCGAACUCCCUCGUGAAUACAUAUAUGCAAUCUGCGUUUCCUUUCUCCACUUCUGAUAGCAAGAUGGUUUUCACAGGUUUUCACAUGCGGGCUGCACAAGAGUUUAUAUCUCAGUUGACUCGGAGUCAUUUGUAGGUUUAAGAUUUUUAUUAUUGAGUUGAACAGGCAGUUUCACGGUGGCUCCAUGGGUAUGUUUCUAUCGUGCGCUAAACGUUUGGAUGGUUCCGCACAAUUUUCAUGCUGUGAGUAUACGCAAUACCGUUGGACCAUUGCAUCCAAAUCUGUUCCCGUGUAUGGUGUCGGGGUAGGCUGAGCCCUGGGUGACGUGCCCAUAGUUGCUGCCAUCCGAUCAGUUGCUGAUUGAUCGUUAAACAAGCCUUCCAUUGACUCCAUGGACUUACUGGAUAUUUCAUGACUGUUGUUACUGCUUGGUGUCACUUUCGGCGUUAGUGGUUGUGAUAAGUCGUGGCAAUUCCGUGAAGGUUCUUUCUCGAUGAGGUUGCGUGAUAUUUCUACCUCUUGUUCCCGCUCUACUUGACCGGCUCUUGGAGGUUCAUCUUCGGCGUCACUACCUAAGCUACUGUUGCUGUCUUUGCUGAUUUCCAUGUCGUUUCUGUCAAACUUCGGCGGACUUCUGUUAAGGGUCUGCUUUUGUAGUGGCCUCUUAGGGUUGUUGUUGUAAUUCGUCCCCCGAAUUCGCUGUGUACCCAAAACCCUGUUCGGGUCCGCCUGACUUAGAAUCGGCUCGGAUGUUUCACGUGAGUCGGGUAAUUUGUGGCAUGUAGGGUAUAUUUUCCCGGUUUUCUCGCCAUGCACCUUCUUGUAGACUCUCUUUUUACCGAUUCUCGUUCCUGCCUUGGGUUGCCAUUCGUCAUCUGAGGAAUUAUCUGGACCCGUACUCUCGGUGUAAACUACGACUCGUCGUUUUCUUUCUCUUGGGUUUCCAGAGUUUUCAGUUUCUGUCGAUAUUCUUUCUUUGUUUGCUGUUAUUCAUGAUGGUGGUUUUUUAACCUAUUGAUUUCUCCAUCGUAUCUAUACGGUCAGCUGAGGCCGUUAAAAUAUUCAUAUGAUGUGUUUAUUGCGACAUCGGGGAUAGAUCCAUAAAAUGUAUCUCAACACAGAAAUCCAACAGGGGACAGACAUAAAUUUUUAACUUAGUUUUACAAUAAAAUAUAAUUAAACUUAUGCAUAAAAUUCGAGGAAUUCAUUUUUUAAAAUUAAAUAUUCUUAUUGUCGUACGGAAACGGAAACAAUGGUUGAUCACGAGGUUUAAUAUGAAAUUUUGUACUUAUGUAUUGCACAAAGUAAACGCCACCAUAUUUAUUUUGCAGACAAUUACGUUAAUUGUCUUGUGUGCGCAGUUUAAAUGGCUUUACGUUUAAAUUACUAAACUUUCAAUUAAUUAUAAAGUAUAAUAGAUACGGCGUGUGAUUAAAAUUUGAUUGCGGAUUACAUUACUAAGCUAUCAUCUCUCGUAUGAAAUAAAAUCAUUGGUGAUUUCAAUAGCACGUCUGUUCCCUAUAUACACAAUUCGACAUUCGACAUUCGACAUUUGACAGUAUGGAGCCGCGUGAGAUUCGUGACCCGGAGUUAGUAAGGAUGGGUGAAACACACUCGAAAAACGAUAACGGACCCGCGACCAGCCCGCAUCUGUUAGCGCAAGCUUUCCCUUUCCUCUGGAGUAGGAAAUCUACUACGCAAGCUCCACAAACUUAGGUAUACCACGCAGCUUUAGACUAAUAUAUGAGAAUCAACGGUCUCACUACUAAUCUAUAACCAGAUAGCCCCACCUAAGAACAGGGAACAACUAUCCUGAUCCGGUAGAGUACCUGAUCCGGUAGAAUACCUGAUAGGGGAGAGUGGAUAAAUAUAUUUAACAAAUGGUGUUUAAUAUUUAUUUGAUUUUACAACAUGAUCUGGCUCGGUGAAUCUACUGGAAGAGGAAGUGGACGCCAUGGAUACCGUUCGAGAGCCUAGGGCUCAUAGACGACUGAGUAGGAAGGAGACCGAAGCCGAGGACGAGAACUACCCUUCAUCAACUGCCUAAUUUCUGCAAAUCAUCCGCUGUCCUAUUAAAAAAUAGUCGUAGAGGUACUGCUCAAGAUAGUUCUGCAAUAUUAAAAAGUAAUCGUAUUAGCUUUAAAUACUACGAUCUAUUACGUAUUUAAAUCAAUUAAGAACUCCUGAAAAGGGGCGUAAACGAGACACAAAUUUGGAUUCAAAGAAUUCAAUUCUUGAUAUAUCUAAUGCAAUUAUGAAAUUUGAUAAAAGUAUUAAUGGUUAUAUGAAAGAUCAAUCUCAUGAAUAUAAACAAAAUUCUUCCGAAUUGAAUAGUAAUUAUAAUAAAAAUGCUACAAGAAAAGGAAAAAAAGGUGUUGACUUUUUGUUAGAAAAGUUGGAACGUUGUAAAAAAUUCGUUAAUUUAGAUAAUCAAGAAUCGCCAUUAACAAACUCCCAAAUAAAUGAAAGAGUUGCCUAUAGAUUUAAGAGUAUGUCACCCGAUCAUGAUAAAUCAAGAUCUCCAAAUAGCAGAGAAGAUGACGUAAUAUCCCCAAGUCUCAGUUAUGAUGAUUCAAAUGAUAUGAAGCAAAGAAGAAAAAGAAAGCUAGGAAAGCCAGUUAGAUUAGCGAAAGAAUUAAAAUUUACAAAAGUUCAUUCAACAUUUAAAGACUUCAAGUCUCAAAUAAUUUCAAAAUCUAAUUCUGAUGAAAAUUCAUACAGCUUAUUUACUUCUUCCAUGCCCCAAAAAGAUAGUGAAAAUUCAAAAAAAAUAAAAAGUGAGGACAAGGAGAGAGAUUUUGAAGUGUGUCAAAAGAAGGGAAUAAAUUUGAAAGAUAUGCAUGAGAAAAAAAUUGAAUUAAAUGAGAUGGACGAGAAAAAGCGCAAUCAAUGCGAAAAGUUAAGUAUUCUAGAUAUGAGUAGACACUUAUUAGAUACAUUAAAAAAUUCAGAAAGCACUAAACAACGUCGAAACAGUGAAUGUGUUUUUGAUGUUUGCAAAAAUAAUCAAAAAAUGCGUAGAAAAUCUUGCGAUGAUUUACAAAAGUUACUCAGUGAAUCAGCCCCAAAAAUUAAUGUUUCAAAUCAGACCACUGCAUUUUAUGAGGUUGAGUCGCAAUUAGAGAAAAUGUUUGCGGGUAUAAUAGAAAUCGAUAAAAAUGUUUCCAAAACAGCAAUGGCACUAGUAGAUUUAGACAAAUCCGAUGAAGCAAAUUCCGAAGAAAAAACAUUUUUCAUUCACAAUUCAUUAAAUAAGACAUUAUUAAAUACAAAAAAUGAAAAUAUGAAACAUCAACCAAAAACAUUGUUAAAAAUGAGCACAAAAAAAACAGGCGUGACAAAUAAAAUCUCUAAUAAUAGAUGCAUAAAUAUAAAACGAAACAACAAAAAUCAAACAGUCAAACCAAAGUUAUUAAAAAAAAAAUUAUUGAAGAAAAAAUGUAAUAUGACUUUUAACGAAUUAGCUCAUGAAUCUACUAUUAAUAGUAACGCAAUAAAAUGCAAAGGUCCGAUCAUACAGAUGAAGGGAUUUCAGAAGAUACCAUCUUAUAUACAAAUCAUUAAUGCUCCUAAAGAAGAUGACGAAGAAAAAAAUAAAGAUAAACGAAAAAUUCCCAGUAUUGGAAUAAUAGGAAGAAGUAGCAAAACUUUUCAAAGUAAUGCAGAUUAUAGGGGAAAAGCAUCAAAUACAAGUUUGUUCAAUUCCACACUGUCAAUACGCUAUGAUGCUCAGACAGCAGAUUUAACAUGGGUAUGUGUUUUUUGUAAAAGAGGUCCUCAUUUCUUGGUGUCAAAACAUUCAAGUAAUAUAUUAACAACUAUAUGCGAUGUACAGGAUUUUUCAGAAAGUUGUAAGGUGACACCUACAAUUCUAAGUGAUUUAUUUGGUCCAUACUUAAUCGAAAAAAAUUGGAAUGAGGAUAGUACGUUUGUAAAUGAGCAAGAAACAGCAAUUCUAUCAAAAGGAGAAAGUAUAAAUGCACAUAGUUUAGAAUAUUCUGCAGUUGAAGAUCAAUUAUUAUCAAAAUGCAAAAGAAAAAAAACGAAAAUACAUGAUAAUUCUAAAAAUCUUUACAUGGGCAUGAUUACAUUAGGUGAUGAUGAUCGCCAGUGGGAAGUUUGGCUUCAUGAGCAAUGUAUCAUUUGGACAGCUGGCGUUUUUAUCACAGGUGGUAGAAUAUGUGGCUUGCAAGAUGCUGUUUGGGAUGCAGCAAAAUCGAUAUGUGAUACUUGCGGUUUAACGGGUGCAAAUAUUGGCUGUAUUAAACGAGGAUGUAAAUCUGUUGCCCAUUAUUGUUGUGCACUUACAUCUGGAUGGCUUUUAGAUACUAAUCACUUCUUACCAAAAUGCAAUGCACACGAAAAUACUUAAAUAGCUUUUAUAACAGAAGUAUGAAUUUACAAGAUAUCGAAAUGUUUGAGCGUGACUACAGUAAAGAUACUCUCUUUUGCUUAAAAAUAAUUUAUUUAAAAAUUGUGUAUAGUGUAUCUAUUUAAUAUGCAUAGCUACUCUAUUACAUGGUUUAUUAAAUAUUACACAUAUAAAUAAUUGAUUUUAAUAAAAAAACAUGAUUUUUA